GCGUCGGCAGAAAUCCUUGAUUGGAUCAUACUGUGCAAAAACUGACAGGGACAAGAAUGAUAUCAACAAGAGAAAGACGAGAGGUUGAAGCCGUCGGGAAAGCAUCUCUCCUGCUCUUUACGUCAGCGGCCGCCCGAGCCGGUGGGGCCGAUGGUCCGAAGUUCGAGAAGGGAAGGCGCGUAGAGGCAAAGCCUGAGUGAGGCAAGUACGUGGGUAGGAACUAGGAAGGAGAGAAGUCUAGGUUGUGCGACUUCCGGGUUAUCGCUCGAAGGAUAAUAGAAAAACAAACGCUUCAACACAUGGCCACAAAGCGAGAAGACGUCGUCGGUAAGGUGGAGAAAAAACGCGACAGAUAGGCACAAGCACAGCAAGGUAUGGAAAGACCUGAUCCGGAAAACAAGGCCCCGGAAACAUUGAUAUCUGCAGAGAUGCUCACUCCGAAUGUCGUGGCACCCCGGUUUCCGACGCCCCAUCCCGCAGCACACGAGAUACCUCGCAUUGCGCUUCGACAGCUGUCUCGUCCUCCCCAUUUCAGCUUCUGCCACCCGGUGGACAUUGGAGGGGCAUCCGAGGAGGUGGAGAGAAAAGCGCAGCGGCGGCGUGGUCGACAGCUUUUCAAAUCAGCGUCGGGAGAAUUGAGGUCGAGGUCAGAUGUGAUUGGUUCAGGAAGCGUCGGGAUGGCGAAGCAAGCCGGAUUAGAGACAGAGAUUGGAUGAUCACUGCUUGUGCGACAAAGCCACUCUGAACCUCGACAGCAAUCACAGUCAACCACACCCUUCAUGGUCCAGUCGAAAUCAGCCCUGCCACUCGUGGCUUCUCCAUUACCGGCUCCCCGCAGGCAGCUACUGCGGUCUCGAACCUGGCGCGUGGGAGCAGAGAGACAACACAAAAUACUGACAGCCAAUCCCCGGGUGCAGGUUUAUGCUGUCACCUUGUGCCCACUAGGCGCUUUUUGAAUAAGACUUCAUCAGCCCUACAAAAACGUCUUCCUCCGAAGAGCAACAAAUGAGAAUAUCGAUAUGGAAGCAAGAGACUUCAGGCCAUUUAUUAAACGCAAACCGUCUCGAGCAGGUCAGACUAACUCUCUCUAGUCAUAUGAUUCAAUUUCAACAACUAGAGUUCCUCCGAAGCCCGCAGACCACCUUUCUGACAGGAACAAACACACCGAACAGGCCUGUGCCACCACCCAGGUCUCAGAGUCCUUUCACACCAACCCUUAGCAGGUGCCACUCAGAAUUGAGCUUUUCCUGAAGCGCAUCGUGCUUCAGCUCAUUUACAUCCCACCAGGCUGCCAGAAAUCGGCCAUGCAGGAACUUGGCCGCGGGUGUGGCCGCCCACACGGCAAAGUUACCAGGUAACGCCGCUGUUGCCAAGUUAGCCUCGACCCCCUCAUUGAUCCAAGACCUGGAGAGACAGAACAUACCAUCAUCCCACACAUCGAUCAUGUCCUUGGUGAUGCCACCUUCUCGGGCCCCAUCUGAGUAGAUGGCACCGGGGUGAAAGCUGAUCAUCUGCAGCCUUGCUGGGUCUACAUCCCUGGCAAUUUGCUGAAACAAAACUUGGCCCGCAGUUUUCGUUGCCCCGUACGCGGACAAGAAGGAGUUUUCAUUGUCCAGGUUAUGCACCAUGGAGGAAGAGACACUAACCAGAUACUACAUAGAACAUCAGCGAGAAGGUUUGAUCAUGGUUUGGAUGAUGUCGCUUACCUUUUGCCUUUUGCCUUCCUGGUUAUAAAAUCGCUGGGUAUGGUCCAGAAGCGAGCGAACGUUGACCUCAUAUGCCUUCCAUACUACUUCCAAGUUGGCCUCCACCAGUGUCCCGCCAGGGCCCAGAGCAACGGCGUUGAGCACCAAGACAUCCACGACAAUCCCAUCCUUCUUCAAUUCAGCCCACAGCUUCUGGCUUGCUUCCAGGCUCGAAACAUCUGAGGAGUAGCCGCUGAUUUUGGUGUUGGUCCCCGCAGUCCGAGCCUCAGCUUCAAGUCGCUUGACGCCGUCUUGGAGGAAUCCUUGGCGCCGACCAACGAUAAUGACAUGCGAGGACGAGGCCUGGACAAAGGCCGUCGCGAUAGCAAACCCGAUGCCACCUGCGCCGCCGGUGAUGAGGACUGUUUUGCCCGCUUGAUUGUUUUCGGGUUUGAGAGGGGAAAUUGCUGGCCACAUGCCUCCCUUUAUACUCUUGAGCUUUCAUCGUUACACCGGCUUAGAAAUUCAGAUAACCCCAUCAUCGACUCCAUUGCCGACAAAGGCGUACAAGACCAGCACAACUUAACAAGCGGUGGACUAGUUGCGGGCUUUCUGUGGCCGAGUGAGCGGACGAGUUGUGCGUUAAUCGCCGAUGAUUAUGAGUUUGAUGAAAAAUCUGGCGUUGUUCCAGAUGACUUGCGGGCGAGAGCGGGUUUAAGCAAACCAGAGCCUCUCAGGGGGCCCUUUGUGUCUGGGUUUCUAGCUGUUAUCGAAAUGAGCGGCUCGCCUUCAUCAGAUGCAACAUCACCACCAAGGCCACGGCUCCGGCGUAAUCGGAAAAGAAAAACAUGCAUCCCCUGUGCGAAGUCGAAGAGGAAAUGCGACCAGUCUACGCCUUGGUGCAAGAGAUGCGUCGAAAAAGAAAUAGUCUGCGUCUAUCCACCUCGUCGUGGCGGAGCAAUGUCACUGCCAAUUGCUGACGACGAUGAGGCUGUCUCACGGCUACUGACUGAGCCUGAAAGAGCUCCGGGAGCCUCCUCAACUCUAACCAGUGACUGGUUCAGUACAGAAAAAGGCAAGCACCCAGACAUAUCACAAGCACAAACAGACCUCGAUCCGAGAUGCCCACCACUGUUGUCGCCCUAUCAAUGGUUUCUUUCUCCUGGAUCUUGGCGCCGUUCCACCCUGUUGGAUGCGCACAUCAUGAGCCUGCCGCCCGAGCUCGAGGUAGCUAUCAGCCAGGACUCUCUUCCCAACUUUAUCCACAAGCACCAACAAUGGCUUCAACUGUGGGUAAAAGAGGGCCACAGUCCUCUGAUGCACCGCCAUCUCUACCGGGACUUGAUGCCCGAGUGCAUACGAGAUGCCUACACGGCGAGAGCAGCUUAUGAUCUGGCGGCCACCCCAGCAGCCAAAGAACUGUCCUUACGGAUCAUUCAAGAUCGAGCAGUAGACCUCAUUCAGAGCCAGCCAGACUCUCAUCUCGACCACACAAACAACACAAACACAAAUCUCCCUCUGGGAAGCCUCGAUGCAUCAAACAUCAUGCUGGGCACUUUCAACCACCUAGCCCGGACGCAAUCUCUUUUCGUCUACGAGUUAACUCAGCUCUUUGACGGGGACAUUCGCUCCAGAGACCAAGCAGAAUCGUACAUGGAGACGCUGCACCGCUGGGCGCGCCAGAUGUUGGAGAGCGCAAGACUGGAUUGCACCACAGGCGAGGUGUUUGAAGCCUAUGCGUCGUCCGCGACUUCAUCUGGCUCGUCGCCGUCCGGCAACAGUGACUUGAUACGGGGCAGCAAAACAGGGACCAGCUCAAACACGGCUGUCGGUGCCAUCACCCCACCGAGCAGUACGCACAACCCGUUCGCCCUCCCUCCUAACCCAGCACCGCACACACUCUGGCAGGUGUGGGUGAUUGCCGAGUCGGUGAGGCGGACGUACAUUUCUGUCAGUUUUGUCCGGUCUGUGUAUCAGACCAUCAAGACGCAGUGGUCGGUGUGUCCUGGGGGCGCUCUUUUCAGUGGGGUGAAUGGGCUGUGGGAUGCGACGACGGGGAGGGAGUGGUGCGCGGCUCUCAGGAAGGGGAAUACGCUGCGCGGUCAAAAGGAUGGUGAAGGUGCCAUGUCGCCUUGGGCGUUGAUGCAGAGCCUGGAGGUUUGGAAAGUGUUGGAGUAUGCGUCUCCGGACGAGGUGGAUGAGUUCACUGUGGCUGUUGCUGAGAUUGGUAGGGGGAUGGAGGUUGUUGAGCAGUGGAUUAUGGAGAAGAGUGGCAUGAGGGGCUCAUGA